UCCGCAACCCAGCUAAGCCAUCGUAGCCGCGCGCUUGCAAGGUUCUCAAAACACUCUUGGGAGGGAAGGCAGUGAGAAAUCCAACCUAUUUAAUACCUGGAACCUCAACCCUAUUUGAAAAUCCUCUUUAUACAAAGGCCUUCCUCAACGCCAACAUGCCCAAGCCAGUGUGCCGAAUCAGAUGGCGACGGGGGGAACCUCUCGGCCUGAUCGAAUACACAUCACCUACUUUCCUCGAUCUCCCAAGAGAGGUCCGCGAUCAAAUCUAUUAUACCGUUCUCGUCUCGCCAAAUCCUAUUUCCGUAUGCUCAAUGCAUUAUACAUGGACUACCAGAUCCCAAGACAGGAGAUUUACGUCGAUCGAAAGGCUUACUCUAGAUCCUAGUUGUCCAAUACUCGCACCGCCCACGUUGGCCAUUAUAUCUUGCAGCCGGCAACUAGCGGUCGAGGCUAGAGCGGCCUUCUAUAGCCUCAACACAUUUCGGUUCGCGGGUCACGAGGCCUGGCAGCCUAUGUACCGGUGGCUCGACAUGAUUGGGGAAGGGGCAAGGGCUCAUUUGCAAAAUCUUAUGGUAGAAGUGCUUCUUCCCAAGGGGCUUAUCCAAGAUCGGCAUGGCAGCCACGAGUUCUGCUACCACUACGGGCUUCCUUGGCAAUUUCGGAGAGUGGCGUUCAGUUGUGAUUCCGGCAAAGAUUCUCGGGAGCCAGUAGAUUAUCUAAGCCCUGCUAUCGAAGCUUGUUUCCGCAUCCUGGGCAAGGCAGGACGCGCUCUGACCCUGAGAUUGGUUCUAUCUGAAGACUUUAUUCCGGGUGAAAGGGCUAGUGUAUAGGCUGGGAUAGCCUGGCCGUUCCGAACCAGGUGGAGCGGUCGAGCAGGGAGUUUGCAGCGGACCGGAUUACGGUCCUGUGGGAGGGGAAGGGGGAAGGGGUGGGCUUCCGGGACAGUUUUCUAGACAAGAGGGCUAUUAUCGAGGCCCAAGGUUGGGAAAUCAUCGAUAUACGAGUCGCCCCCCUCAAAAAACCCACGAUAUUAUUUACGAUGCGUAGAGCUUUGAAUGCUUCUUGUUCUAGUUAAACUAGCGGACUAUCUUCUAUACAAACGAAAUGUUGACAACC